AUGGUUCGCAACCUAGUUGUCAUCGGAGGGACCUCCCACCCUCAGUUGACAGAAAACAUAUGCGGCGUAUUAGGAAUCCCAAAAGCCGAUGUGCUCCUCUCCAAGUUUGCUGUCGGUGAAACUCGGGUAGAAAUUCAAGAAUCCGUCCGUGGAAAGGACGUCUAUAUCAUUCAAUCUGGCGGCGGCAAAGUCAACGACCACCUGUUGGAGCUUUUGAUUACCAUCUCGGCAUGCAAAACAGCCUCAGCUCGCCGGGUUACCGCUGUGCUUCCUCUGUUCCCAUACUCUCGCCAGAGUGAUAUCCCCUACGACAAGACCGGGGCUCCCCUCGCCAAAUCAUCCGUCAACAACCGCCCAAACAAUGGCUACACUUUUGAGAGCACUCCUUCUACCCCAGGCCUAGGCGGUAAAACCGAGGGCCUUGGUGUCAUUAAUGGUAUGGAUAACCUCCAGAAGAGCCUUGCCAAGGCUCAGAUCGAGGAGUCAAAUGGCAGCCCUGUCAAGAAACAGCGUCCUGUGAAUGCAAUACGAAUGAGUCGAUCAACGGAGGCACGGGAAGAUUCGGCGAGCGCCGUUUCCUAUGCGAAGAUCAAUGCUUUCCAGCCACGCCCGGGAUACAAGCAGUGGGUUGCACAGGCUGGAACCCUGGUGGCUGACUUGUUGACUUGCGCGGGCGCGGAUCACAUCAUCACUAUGGACUUGCACGAUCCUCAAUACCAGGGCUACUUUGAUAUCCCUGUGGACAAUCUCUACGGCCGCCCUCUUCUCAAAAGCUAUAUCCAGCGGAAUGUCCCAAACUACAAGCAAGCUGUCAUUGUCAGCCCAGAUGCAGGUGGUGCCAAACGUGCAACAGCCAUCGCUGACCAGAUGGGAAUUGAGUUUGCUUUGAUCCACAAGGAGCGCCGCCCCACAAAGAUCACAGACCGCCAGAACGCAACCAUGAUGCUGGUCGGUGACGUCCGCGAUCGGGUAGCUAUUCUAAUUGAUGAUCUAGCUGAUACCUCUAACACUAUCACCCGCGCUGCGAAGCUCUUGAAAAAAGAAGGGGCCUCCCAGGUGUAUGCGCUAGUCACCCACGGGAUCCUCAGUGGUGACGCUAUUGAGCGUAUCAAUGCCAGCUCAUUGGACAAAGUAGUGGUGACCAACAGUGUGGACCAGAGCGACCACCUGCGUCGUUGCCCCAAGCUCGAGGUGCUCGAGGUUGGCCACGUUUUUGCCGAGGUAGGUCUUAUAAGUCCGCUUCGAAUGCGCCACCCACGAUUUGCUGACCGCUUCAUGCAGGCCAUCCGUCGUGUUCACCACGGUGAGAGCAUCAGCGUCUUGUUCCAAUACGACUGA